CAGAAGAGGCAGUAGCCCUAAGCUUGCCCAACUGGGCAGAGGAUCCUCCUCCAGUUGCCACUGGUAGCCUGAAAUGAGGGUUAGCACACCGUGAGCUACCUGUCCACAGUGGCAGAGGUGAGAUGAAGCCUUCUUGCAAUCUGAAAGGUGGAAUUUGUUGUACUACAGAACUUUCUCAUCCAAAUAAGCCAAGGCUUAAGUGAUAACUGAGUGUCUUGGUAGCAGAACAGAAAUGAAUAACUCAACAUACAUAAAUUCUUCUGCUGAAAAUGUCAUGGCUUUGGAGAGUCCCUAUAAAACUGUUGAGGUGGUCUUCAUCGUCCUGGUAGCAGGGUCUCUCAGUCUAGUCACCAUAAUUGGGAACAUCCUGGUCAUGGUGUCAAUCAAAGUCAACAGGCACCUACAGACUGUCAAUAACUAUUUCCUGUUCAGCUUGGCCUGUGCUGACCUGAUUAUCGGCAUCUUUUCAAUGAACCUAUACACCCUCUACACUGUGAUAGGCUACUGGCCCUUAGGGCCUGUGGUAUGUGACCUCUGGCUGGCUCUUGACUAUGUGGUCAGCAAUGCCUCUGUAAUGAACCUCCUAAUUAUCAGCUUUGACAGAUACUUUUGUGUCACCAAGCCUCUGACAUAUCCUGUAAAGCGGACCACAAAGAUGGCAGGCAUAAUGAUUGCAGCUGCGUGGGUGCUGUCCUUUAUCCUCUGGGCCCCUGCUAUUCUCUUCUGGCAGUUCAUUGUGGGAGGAAGGACUGUCCCAGAUGGAGAUUGCUACAUCCAGUUUUUUUCCAACCCUGCUGUCACUUUUGGCACUGCCAUUGCAGCCUUCUAUUUGCCUGUUAUCAUCAUGACUGUCCUGUACUGGCAAAUCUCUCGGGCCAGUAAGAGUCGGAUAAAGAAAGGGAAAAAGGAAGCUGCCCAAAACCAAGAAACAGUUUCCCCUAGUCUCGUCCAAGGUAAAAUAGUGAAACCAAACAAUAACAACAUCCCAACCAGUGGAGAUGGGCUAGAGAACAGCAAAAUUCAGAAUGGAAAAACCACUGGAGAGACUGUGACAGAGAAUUGUGUUCAAGGGGAGGAGAAGGAGAGUUCCAAUGACUCCACCUCUGUCAGUGUCGUCGCUUCCAAUGUGAAAGAGGAUGAAGCUACCAAAGAUGCCAGACAAACUUCUGACUCCCAAGACCACCUCAAAGGUGAGAACUCCAAGCUGACAUGCAUCAGGAUAGUCACCAAGUCCCAAAAGGGUGACUGCUGUGCUCCCACCAACACUACUGUAGAGAUUGUAGGCACCAACGGGGAGGAGAAGCAGAAUAGUGUAGCCCGGAAAAUUGUCAAGAUGACAAAGCAGCCAGCCAAAAAGAAACCACCUCCUUCUAGAGAAAAAAAGGUGACAAGAACUAUUUUGGCCAUACUCCUGGCUUUCAUCAUCACCUGGACCCCAUACAACGUGAUGGUGCUCAUCAACAGCUUCUGUACAUCCUGCAUCCCUGGCACUGUAUGGACCAUAGGUUAUUGGCUCUGCUACAUCAACAGCACCAUCAACCCUGCUUGCUAUGCGCUCUGCAAUGCUACUUUCAAGAAGACCUUUAAGCACCUUCUUAUGUGUCAUUACAAGAAUAUAGGAGCUACAAGGUAAAAAUAAUAAUAGUACUAAUAACAAUAAAAUUAAUAACGGAAAAGGUGAAGCAGUUCAAAUAUGUGAAAAAAAAACAAACAACCAAAACAUGAAAAAGCAAACAAAAAACCCCUCCCCACAAACAAUGCCAUAGCACUUUAUCCUCUUCUACAGAAUGUGCAAUCCAGGAUGAUAGUGGAAAUACUAAGAGGCACCAGUUCCACCCAUCAGAACCACACUUAAAAACCAUUUCUUUGAAUUAUUGAGAAGAAGUCUUGAGGCAUGAGGAUGUUUGAGGAAUUAUCCAAUAUGUGGACUGAAGGCACACUUCCUUGCUUUCUGAGACUAUUCCACAGAAUGGCUUUAGAGUAUACAACUUCCUGUCAUUGUGUGUAAAAUAUUUGUCCUUUGUUUUUCUUUUGUGUUUUGGUUUUGUUUUGUUUUGUUUCUCUCUCUGUGUCUGUUUAGUGUGUUAUCUAGGAAACAAAAUAAAACAAAACCAAAACACCAAACCAGAAAUUUCAAUAGUAAUUCUGUGGAAGAGGCACAGGAGUUGGGAAGAUCUUUACAUAGUCGUAAUGAAUCAUGAUGGAUGAUGGUUCCUAAAGCCCAAAGUUAUCAAGUGUUUGUUUGUUUGGUUUUUUUAUCACUGUCAUGUAAGAACCUUAAAGUUAGGUUAUUUUAUACUGUUUUUGAAGCUAUCAUUUCCGAAGUUGCAUCCGCUCUGGAAAUGUACUUAUGCUUAACAUAUAACUUUUGCCUCAAUUGUAAAUCACUCAAACUCUGGCACUCACCCCUUCUGGGAGUAUUUGUUCUGUGAUUCCAUCAUCAUCAUGACAAGAUAAAAGUGAAAAAGAAAAAAAGACGUCUUUUCAAAGUUGCAACAUGCCAAGACUAUUUCAGCAUCCAUGCAUACCAAAGUUUUUGAGAUUAUUUUUUUCACUUUAUCAUAUAACAUUCACUCAUAGAUUUGUCCUUUACAUAUCAGCUUUGUACUUUGCUUGUCUAGGGCACAAACAUUAACUAUCAAAAGAAAUUUUAAAUUCAGAGGUCUCAUACGGUAAGCCACCAUGAUGGUCAAAGUGGCUCAGUUGAAGAAUCGAAACAAGGUUAUUAGAAGGAAAAUGAAGGUUACACCAUUUUAAAAUUGGAUGCACAGAUGAAGAGAUAUGCUGAGGCUCUGGAGAAUGAAUAGGUAACACUGGAUGAUUGCUCUUGAUGAGUCGAAAAAUGAUACACACUGAUUUAUUGCGAGAAAGAGUAAAGAUGGACUGAUGUGCCCACAUACAUCAAGCUCUGUCUAAGCCUUUAGUGUGAAGCCAAGGUCCUUCCUAGGUGUAUCCCAAACAAGUUGUUUACUCUGUGGAGUUACAUAGCCUUUUGAGUCAGCUGGGAACAGUAUUUUCACUGUAAAUAAUCUGGAUAGGAGACUGGCAGGGAUCAUGUUCAAAUAUUUUCUGCUACUCUACACCAGUUCAAAUUCAGAUGCUUUCUAACUGGCAAAGAUUUUACUACUUCAGUAUUUAUUGUAGCACGACUGAGCACUGUGUGGGUAGGAUAAAGUAUAUUGAAUUACUGGAAACAAUAAUUGUCUGUGAGUUAUGCAUAUUCUAGUUAUCUCCUUCUUAGUAACUCUAAUUUCCAGGCACUAGUGAAGGUACACCUACACAUUUCCUAACCCAGAAAAGUAGUUUGCUACAAAGGCAGUGUCCUGAGAAACUGUCUUCUGGAGUGAAAGCCACUUAGCAAAUCAUUCUGUUAUUUCAAGCUACCGUACUAGAGUCUUCCAAAAUGCCCUUCAAAAUAGCAGUUGUCAAGAUUACAGGGAAAUUAAUCUUGCAGACUUAAGUUUUAAUAUUUGACAAGCUCAUAGGAACAGAGUCAAAACUGGCAAUAAGGCAAUUUUCAUCUUUAGAAGUACAAGUUCCUAGUAGAAAGUGAAUGUGAGGAGGAUUAAAAUGCAGUAACUUAAAGCCACAUUAAACAUAGGAUUAAUGUAUCUUAAUGUGCAUUCAUUGAUUUUUAUACCCCUAGUGAUUGCAUGCAAAUAUAUAUAAAUGUCUCCACAAAGCCAAGGACCUACUUUUGUGACGCUUGCUUGCCUUGAGCCAUGUUUACUCACGCUAUUUUAUCUUCCUGCUUGUAAGGAAGAAUUACUCAAUGAUAAGGCUCACAAAACUGAGUGCUGCUUGUCUUACAAAACUGCAUUCACUAGGCUUAUUUUGACAGGGCAUGGAAAAAACAUGAUCAUUUUUACAUUAUUCAUUCUCUUACAGUGUUAAAAAAUCCAGACAAAAGCCAAAGAUGAACUGAAAUGUAUUAAUUAUCUAAAUAUUAGUCCUUUAGAAAAUUUUCCUAAAAGAAACACACCUGAUUCUUUCUUUCAGCAAGCAUAGGUACUCAGAUUGGGAAAGAAUACUUUGUAUAUUCUUAUUUAACUUUUUAACCAUCAGAUGUGCAAAUCUUUUAUUCUGACCUUUGAAACUGUCACUUGUUCAUAAACUACUAAUUCCUCUAAGAGAUUGAGAAGUGCAAGAUAUAGAUUACAAUUAUGUUUUUUUCUUUAUCUGAUGUGAUGACACUUAGAAUGCUACGCAGGAAAAAAACCCAAACAUAUAUACAUACAUUUAUAUAUAUAGGUAUGUAUGUAUAUUCUGGGACCAGCAUUCAUGAAACAAACAAAAAAUUACUUUCAAUUUGAAGCUUUCUUGCACUGCUCUCCAGCACCACCUCCACUUUUGAUCUUAAAGCAGAGUAUGUUUUCCUUUGUGUUUUAGUAUAUUUAAAAGGCUUGCAGAACACAGUAUAUUGUGUGUUUUCCACCUUGUACUAAUUCAAUGAAAAAAAUAUUACCAUGUUACAUCCACAUUUGCAGAAAAUUAAACAAUGUAAAAGUAGAUUACAUAAUGCACAUGUACAUAAAGGCAUGCAAACACACACACCUAUAUGGUUUAUACACACGGAAAAUAAUCAUCUAAGGUUCAAGACUUUUCAUGUCCAUGUUGUACUUGCUAGGAUGCGGUGGGAGGUGCAGAGUGAACACUUACUUAUGACACUGUCUAACCUCUUCUGGAGGCAGACAGAAGGCAGAGCUUACUCUGAGAUAACUGGGAACCUCUCAGGUCUUUUACUGGUUCUGCCUCAGGAAGACAAAAAGUGAAAUAACCUUUUAAGCCACAAAACAAUUUGUUCUUUUGAACAUCUUUUGAUCUCUCAUGUCUUUCCUUUGUGUUCCAAACCACAUUCACCAGGCUUCCCUUUCCUUCAUGAGUGAGUUUCACAAGAUGUAUAUGCACCCUGAGUACCUUCUCUGGCUCAUUCAGCUGUUAUCUGUGCCUCCCUGUUCCCAAAGCAGCACGUGGUCCAGCUGCUUCUGCUGCCAUGUCUUCAUCUUGGGCUUGACCAAAGGAUCCCAGCAGUACAUUCACACUAGUUCCAUUUCACAUAGAAAUUGAGCAAAAUGUGUGAGUGACCCAAGAGAAGAGAAGAAGACAACCCCCUCAAAAAAUGCUGCUAGCUCUUUUUGCCUUCUCCUUUAUUCCUUCUGAUUAUUUCCAGAAACAGGCUAAAAUUGAAAGGGUCCAAGCAACUGUUGACAGCAAACCUGCUGCAGCAGGAUCUGUCAUUUCAGCAGCCCAUUGGAAGUGGCUUGUACUGUUACAGGCUAUCCCUACCUUCACUGUUCAGGGGGAGAAAACAGCUUGAAGAUACAUCAGCCCAACUGGCACUUCUUCUGAGUAUUGAAAACAUCUGUGGGAAAGAAAAGAAAAGAAAGCAAAGCAAAGCAAGAAAGCAAGCAAGAGAGGAAGGCAGAAAGGAAUAAAGAAGCUGAAGUGGUGUUGAGAAAUCUUUUUUCUAGUGAGAACAAAACCUAAGAAAAUAAAAUCUGUCAGCCUUCUUUCUGAUUGGGAUUUUGAUUUGAUUUACUAGGAAUCAUGAAAAUACAUUUAGAGAUAGUCUGAAUACUCAUCAAUGAAAAAAAUAGUCCAAAGGCAACAAGCACAUCUAUAUAGAUCAGACGGCUUUGUCUCUCUUUUUUGCCUCACAAAUGUUCAUAGGGAUAGAAGCGCUCAAAUGGUCUCCAGGGAUCUGUUCUUUGGCAUCCACAAAAGGUAUAAAGGGGACAAAAGUUAGUGCUAAAUCUAUCAGCUCUGUGUUUUAUGUUUUUCUUGUGACAGAAAACAUCCUGACAAGUGGAAGCAUAUUUAGCGAGUGUGGCUGUGAUGAGAAUAGCCCACACAAUAGUGAAGAAACCUUUACGGUAGCCCAGCUGCUCCUGGCCAUCCCACAUAGAGAAGGGCAGGAGGUGAUGGGCAUUUUUUUCAUUAGUUUCAUCUCCUGGUGAAUUGAAAUGUGUCCAUGUAUCUGCUUUGUAGUGGAGCUUGCUGCUAAACUCACUGGCACGUUCCUCAGUUGUGAUGGAUUUUGAUCCAUGGUGUUCAUUCCUCUGGAUAUAUGUGACAGUCGCCCCAGUACUGACUGAGGAUGCAACUCCUCGUUUCCACUGCAGUGCUGAGAUGUCAUACUUUGAAUUAUUCACCUUAGGUGGCAGUACACCCCUUUGGCAUUUUCACUACCCCAAACAACCCCUAACAUUCUGUGAUUCUGUGAUUCCUCACUUUAACAUCUGUUACCUACAUUGCAGCUACAGAUGUGCCGUUUCUCUGGCCUUUCAGGCAAAAAUAAAUGCUGGUAUUCCAAUUCCUUAAUUGCACCAAAAUCCAGCCUUCCCUAGCAUGCAAAUCUCUCUCCACUGAAGCCCAGGCUUCUGUGUUGAAUGAGAAGCUCCAUAAAUCUUUUCUACAUGGAUUUUAAACUGGAAGCAAAAAAAAAAAAACAAAACCUUAUGUGAAAAAAAGCCAAAUCAAUUCUCCUCUUCCCCUGUUUUGUCAUCUACAUAUUAGAAGAAACAGUGGAUAAUGGCAAAAAAAAAAAAAAAAAAAAAAAAAAAAAAAAAAAAAAAAAAGUGAAAAUUCUUGUAGUGAAACAUUUAGUGUUCUCAAAUCCUUUUUAUUUCAUGUGCUUACUAUCAGAGUACUCACUGAGAACCUAAAUCUAAGAAUCUGGUUAUAGCAAGGAUGAGUUGAAUAUGAAUCAUUUACCACAGACAACACAUUUCUUCUAUAUUUUUACUGCUCUCCUUUUGCUAUGCCCUCUUUUGCUAUGUUGUGGAACUAGUGAGUUACACUAGCCUAUCAGUCCUCCCAGGCCAUAUUUCAGCAUACUAGGUACACUUGUUUCCCAUAUUUCAUUCUGGCAUUAACCACAUCAAAGGAAAUAAUUUUUUGUGUCUUUUCACCUUCCAAAGUUCUAUAGUACCUGAAAAGUGCCAUUAGUAACUACUCUUCAUCUUUCUAGAGUGAGUUUCAGUUUUAUGUUGUUUUCUUAUUUACUGCACUUGCCAAGCAGCACAUGGAAGCUUCCCAAAGUGCUCUGACUCUGGGAGAAGUGGUUGUGGCAGGUAUGUGAGGCAGUAUGACCACGGUCCACGUUAGAGUUGCCCUCGGAAGGAAGACUUUUGCUCUGUGUUUAACAUAUGGACUGGUUUACCUGACAGCACUGAAGAAAGCACAUGGGGACAAGCAUGACAUGCCCAAACUUGCAAAGGGACAGACAAGUCAUGGUUGCAUUGUUUUUCUGCUCCCUAAAGCUUACAUAGGCUGAUGGGAUAGGGAAGAUUUUUCCGGAGGCUCUGUCUCUACACCUUUACCCCAAAGACAGCCAUUCCCUGAAACACAUCACGGGGUGGUAGUAAUAACAAAAACUCUGAUGAGAGUGCCAUGGUCACCAAUAAACAGAUCUUCUUAUAUCUUAUCCCUUAAUUCCGGUGCCAGCUUUGCAGAGGUGGUUGGCAAGUUAGAGACUAACAAUUUGUAAAUACCUUUAGAUAGUUUCUUUUAACAUGACUAACACCAUAUAUUGACUGUGUAACACAAAAACAAAACAUUAUGUGUAAUACUAUCCAGAUAAGUUUAUAAUGUAAAUAGAUCUGCGAUGAAUGUCCAACUAUACUUCAAGCUCCACAUAUGGGGUAGCACCUCAUCUCUUCUUGAGACUUUUUUUUAACUUAAGGGUAUGGAAAAUCUGUUAUUCAUUUGUAUUUUAAAAAGCUAUUGCAUUCUCUUCUUCAACACAAAAUACUACUGCAAGAAAGAAGGGAAUGUGUUACAUGUAUGUGAUAACCAAAAUUAUAUGUUAAAACGGGGAACUGAUGAUCUCAUAAGUCAAGGACUGGUCAAAUUCUUGAUGCUGUACAUUUGAUAUCAUCAAUAAGAUAAGCACAAGUUUAUGGUUAGCUGUGUAAAGCUGACCCACUUGAUUAUGUAUACGUUAUAGAUAUAUUUAUAUAUGCUGUAUAGGUAUAUACAUAUUAUACACAACAUUCAUACAGUGAGAGCCAAGUUUGAUAAAAUCAUAUUAACUAGGAGUUUGGGUGUAAUAUUAUGCUCCAUUUGGAAGAAAAAUAUCUGUGUUAUUCAACAACAUUCAAAUAUGUUAUGCAGGAUAAAGGAAGAAGGUGUAUCACCAAAAUAACUCACAAAGGACUGAGAUGAUAAGAAUUUGAAAUACCUUGAUGACACAACUAAAAUUACAUGCAAUAUAUGUGUAUGUACUUCUGUUCAGUUGAAUUCCUAGCUAAAGCAUUGCAUUAAACAGACAAUUAUAACAAUAAUAAAAA